AUGACGUACUACAGCGUCCUCCCCGCGGAGUACGAGGAGACGCGCGCGACGCCGCAGCAAUACGCGUGGCCGCUCGCGCACGUCACCACGACGGGUUACGACCACGCGACGUCCGCGCCGCCGCCGGGGACGACACACGACACCACCACGAGCACCGUCGCGGCCGCCGCGAAGCUCGUCGCGGGCGAGUGCCACUCGCUCGUCGCCGCGCUGUGCGACGAGCUCGAGGAGGCGCGAUCGCGCGUGGGCGUGCUCGAGCGCGCGCUCCAUCGCGCGAACCAGCGCGCGGUGCGUUCUAUACACUGGUCCCCAUACGACCGCGUUCGCGUGGUGAACGCCGUUUCUUAA